AUGGCAAUUAAGUUGGUAGCCCUUUUGGCCAUCGGCCUGGCAAUCUUGGCCGUCUGCGAAGCCCGUCACGUGAGUGGCCAUCGCAGGCAGCACUUCGAGCAGCGGGCGCUCAUAGCGAAGCCGCACAGUGGUCCCCAGGGGCGCGUGUUCCCCGGUGCAGUGGCCAUCAAGAAGCUGGUGCUGCUGAAGUUCAAGAAGAUCGUGCCCAUCUCGCUGAUCCUGCUGAAGUCGAGCAACGAGAACGAGGCGGAACUGGUGCCCGUCUACCCCACCGACCAGAUUCCCGAGAACGUGCAGUUCAUCCCGACGCCCAACGGCAUCUCGGGCCACAAGGACGUGCAGGCCAUCGCCAUUCCCGCCGAGCUGCACGACCAGCUGCAGAUCAACGGUUUGUCCAACCUGGAGAACAUCGAAGCCCUGCUCCAGAGCAGCUCCAUCUCGGCGGCGGACAAUGAGGGUGAGACCCCGGUGGGCAACAGCAUUGCCGUGGCCCAGCCCGAGGAUCUGGUGCUGGAGCAGCCGGAGAAUGACGAGGAUCAGCUGCUGGAUGGAGCUGUCUCUCCAGCCGCCGCUCCAGCUUCUGCCGCCCCUGCUCCCGCUGCCCUGCGCCGCCUCUCCGCCGACGAGCUGCUCCGCUCCGGCGUCCGCAACUCCGCCCAGCAGCAGCAGACCAGCGUGGAGGAGAUCCCACUGCUGCUGUACUCCGCCAACGAGGCAACCGGAUCCCACUCCGUCGGUGGAAACUCCGGUCGCCGCUUCGUGGCCGCCGCUCCGGCGCUGCGUCGUCGCCAGCAGUUCUACAACUAG